UGAUAGAUGUACGUUGGAUGAAGUUACACUUACAGUCAGAUACAGGUUUGAUUUGUGGACCCGAGACGAGGAUGGAGACUGUUCUUGCAAGCUUGGCCCCGUGGCGCUCUGCGCUUGUGCACUUAGUGAAAGUUUGUUUCGAAAUUCUGCUAGAGUUUCUGCCAAAAUAUGGCGAUGGAACAAGCACAGAGGCGCAACCAGCAGGAACUGCGCGCUCGGUGAAUGGGUGGUCAGCUGUGCCAGCAAAGAACGGCAAUACGGACUCCUCAUCCUGUCCUCCGCCGAGAGAGCCUGCUGGAGUGCUAACGACCAGCAUGGUGGAGACGAGUGGUCAAAAGGCAAGAGCAGACUCGACCAGUGCCGUGGAUCUGACAAAUCCGGCACUUACAAAAAACCCCGACCACAUCGCCUACUGGCUGAGCCGAGGGCAUGGUGCGAUGCCCGCCCCUUACGUAGUCGCCGCCGAGCGAGCGCGUCUCGCCGCAGAAAAGAAAGCGGCUUCUACCGGUGCUUCCUCAGGAGCCAACCGGGCUGCGCAGCUGAACCCAGCCCACGAACUCUACUGGAAGGCGCGCGGAAGGAAGGGAAUUCCGUCUGCUGAGGAGGUCGAAGCUGAGAUCCGCAAGAUUUCUGAAAAGCGAAAGCUUCGCGGUCCGGGCGGAAACAAAGGAGACCAGCUGAACCCGCAACACGAUACCUACUGGGAAACACGGGCAGCGCGCAGGCCAUCGCAAGAGGACAUUGAGGAGCUAGUGAACCAAAACCAAGCUGAUCGUGCAGUGCACACGCAGGCGUGUCAGGUCGCGGCGCGCACUGCGGAGGAAAAGAAGGCGAUCGGGCGCGACACCGAUAGAAUUGUGAAAAUUUUACAGCGUAUUGUUCCGAAAUGCGAGGUCCGCAAGGCAGGGUCGCAAUCCAAGGGCACCAAUGUGCGUGGAAGCGACUUGGACUUGCGAGUCACGGUCCCGGAAAAAGUUUCGGAGGUGGGGAUCACGUCUGCACAGUGGGAGAAGCUUGUGGGAGAGUUGGAGAGUGCGGAGUUUUCAGUCGAAAUCGGGAAAAAGGUGCUCAAGAUCACCAAUGCUGCGUGUGACAUCGAAAUUGUCCCGAACCGCGCGGAGCACAUUCCUGAUGGAGUAGGCUGGAAGCAGCGUCUGGUGAACCCCAAUCAGUUCAAGAAUAAUCCGAAAGCGCAAGCUGCAGUGCGCGUUCUGAAAGACGAGGGGGCGGGGGAAAAAUUCAGAAUGAAGAGCUACGAAAUCGAAAAGCACGUCAUCCGCUUACAGCAAGCGAACCCCAAGGCGUCUUCCGCGGAGUUGGUCCGGCUGUUUUACGAGGGGAGCGGGUCGUCUGCCGCUUCUGCGGCAUCCCUGUCCGCCUCAGCAUCAGGGUGAGUAAGUAGCAGGUAGAUGUGUGGUACGUGCCUCCUUUUAUCUAUCAUGUACAAUCCUUAAGGGCAGCGACACUGGUUACUAGAAUCAAAACAGCUCUAUUGCGACAAUUGUACGAUUUUUUGCCUUUGGCUAAAACGAAUCUGAGUAACAAAUAUGCGAGCAUAUUGGCGCAUCUAUCCGAU